AUGUCCACGACAGGGUUACUAAAGUAUGACGCGGAGGCUCGCAAAGCACGUUUUGCUGUGGGGAAGAAGGGCAAAUGGCUACAUCUAUUCAGUAUCCUGGCGGCAGGAUUUGCGCUUAUUUCAGAUGGUUACCAAAAUAAUGUCAUGUCGAUGUUAAACCGUGUAUUCAGAAAUCAGUACGGUGAGAUAGAAUAUAGUGCAGAUGUAUCUACAAGGGUUUCAAAUGCAUCACUCAUAGGGACUAUCAUAGGGCAGGUGGGGAUGGGAUUCGCUUGUGAUUAUAUGGGUCGCAAAUGGGGCAUUCUGGUAGCGACAAUAUUGCUUGUAUUGGGAUCUGUUCUCUGCGCCGUGGCCUAUGGCAAAACCACGUCCGCUCUCUUCAUGAUGCUCACCGUGACGAGAUGGGUAGUUGGCUGCGGUAUUGGUGCAGAAUACCCCUCUUCAUCUGUCGCUGCAAAUGAGGCUGCAAAUGAAUACUCUGAGCGCCGCCGCGGUGGGAUCAUGGUAAUGGUAACCAAUUUACCACUCUCGCUUGGCGGCCCAUUUGCCACGGCAAUUUUUCUUGUGGUAUACAAAAUCCUAGGGUCGCAGAGACUUGUAGCGGUUUGGAGAACCAUGUUUGCACUUGGCUGCAUAUGGCCUAUUUCUGUGUUUUACUUCCGGUGGAGAUUAGCUAGUAAUGAGCUCUUUGAGAGUGGCCGAAUGCGCUCGAAUGUCCCAGUAUGGUUGAUUAUUAAAUAUUGUUGGCGCAGUAUGAUUGGAACUUGUGGUGCAUGGUUUCUAUAUGAUUUUGUAACCUUUCCCAACGGAAUAUUUUCAGGUACUAUUAUAGCUUCUGUUAUUGGUGAUUCGGAAGACUUGAUUAAAAUUGCUGAGUGGAAUCUAUUACUUGGCGUACUAGCAGUACCAGGAGUGAUACUGGGAGCUUUAUUGUGUGAUAGAAUAGGCAGGAAGUACACACUCGUUUUCGGAUUUACUGGGUAUAUCAUAUUUGGACUAAUAAUUGGAUGCGCAUAUACCAGAAUUAUGAAAAUAGUGCCCCUCUUUAUUAUAUUUUACGCGCUAAUGCUCAGUCUAGCAAAUGCUGGCCCUGGUGAUAUGCUUGGCGUAGUCAGCUCUGAAAGCUUUCCGACUCCUGUCAGAGGCACAUGCUAUGGUAUUAGUGCUGCGAUAGGGAAAUUAGGUGCAGUUGUAGGAACACAAUCAUUUCAACCAAUUCGAAACCGAUUAGGCCCCUCAUAUACAUUCAUUAUUGCUGCUAUUUGUGGAAUUCUUGGGGUAGUGGUAUCAUGGAUUUUCGUACCUCACCUACGUGAGCAUGACCUCAUGGAAAACGAUAUUAAGUUCUAUAACUAUCUCCUUGCAAAUGGCUGGACCGGAACGCCCAAAUAUACAAGAUGUGAUGUGCUCGAUAAUGAGUCUUCUGAAACUGAUACUGCGAUUUGCUUAAAGGAGCCCAUAACACACGCCGAUACUUCUGACGGUAAAAAAAGCCCUUCGAAGUGA